CGCAAAACUACGGCGACAAUCAACGACGCAAUUACGCCGCCGCCCGGCAUGUUUUAUUUUCAUUCGGUUUCGUUUGUGCUUUGAUUUCUCUGCGUGUGAAUGCGAGCGCCCCACCGUGUGCCACAUUCGCGAGGAUUCACCAGGACGACAGCACUCGUCCAUUCACUCGCAUAACCUUAAAAUAAAAACAAUCGUGUCAGUGAACCCUUAAUAUCUGAUGUGCAGGGUGUAAGGUGUGAAUAUACGACCACCCAAGAUUCUACACCUACAACUGUCAAAUUGCAUUACAAUGUAAGAAUACACCCUAAAUUAAUUAAAAGACAUGAUUCAUCGAAGAGUGUAAAAGAAAGGAAACUGUAAGACUAUAAUCAGUGUAAAAGUGUAUUUAUUGUGUGCUGAGUUUACAACUAAACAUUGUAUUUGUAAUGUGUUACACAAAUGUCAAGUGGCACGUUGCUAAAGGUCUCGGGCAUCUCGGGCAUCGCGCACGAAGGACGAAUACUCUUGGGUUAGCUCCUUUCGCCGCAGCAAAGGGUUAACAGCAGCGAAUUAAGGCCGAUUUUAACAACGCCUGAAGCACCUCUAAAAAGCCGAAAAUCGUCUUCUUAAUUACCGUGUCUGGCGUUAUUGUUAUAAUUAUUUCAACUUUAUUCUAACUUUCAUGAAUUUAAUGUUGAAAGUUUACCCUUUUUCGUUUUAUUCGCGAGUGAACAUUUCACGAAGAAGACUAGGCUGUUGGAGAAGUUCUGAACGGUAUUCUUUUAAAAACUGGGUGAUUUAACGUUUUAUUUCUUAAAGUAGGAUAGUAAAUUGUUAUUAUCCUUUAAGAUAUAGAUAUAAUUAUACGAGUAUACCGUGGAAAGGAUUGGAACUAAAUUUAAUGGCAAUAAAUAAAUGUUAAGCAUUACUAGGUACUACAUAAUUCUAUCUACAAAAUUUAAUAUCCGUGAACUUAACGAAAUUGUGACUGGAGGCUUGAACAAAAUUGAACUUCGUCAUUAUUAAGUGGGCGGCAUGUCUCGGCCACCGAAGCCGGCAGCGACUGCCAAGAAGGUCGCGCCACCGGCGGUGCCACACGAGUUCCGGCAUUCCGGUAGCUCGUUUGGCUCGGCAGGCUACGCUUCCUCUGAGGAUGCCGGUUUCCUAGCACCAUCCGAACCGCCAGGAGUGCCUAGAGAUGAUCACUCAGACUAUGGGAGUACUAUCAGCGGCAGCACCGGUAAAUCACCGGGGCCCGUUUAUCAACCGCCGGCAUUCACGUACCCAACACCACCGCCCGGUGCCGUGCUUACACAUAAAGCUGCCGUCUACUACCAUCACCAGUUAAGCCUGCAGGAAGAUCAGGGCAUUGAUAUGACACAAUCGCCCGGUAGAGAUAGUCCCGGUUCUUCAAGUGGAAGUGCUGGUUCUGGUUCCAGACACAGUACGGCUUCUCUGGACAGUGGGCGAGCCUCCUAUCAUCCAUUGAGCACGGCGGGCCGCAGCACCAUCGGAUCCGCAAACAGCCCUCGUUGCUCGCUGAGCUCGUGUUCGAUCGGUUCGGAUCAGGGACGCAUCGAGCGCAUGAUCAAUCAAGGUGUACCGGACCAAGAGAUUAUUCAGUCAUGGCUGAUUGAACUUCAAUUUGAGGAUUACAUUCCUCACUUCUUAAAGGCUGGCUAUGACCUGCCCACCAUUUGCAGGAUGACGCCCGAAGAUUUAACCGCGAUAGGCAUUAAGAAACCGAAUCAUCGUAAGAAGCUCAAGUCCGAAAUCAUGCUACUCAACUUGCCCGACAACCUACCCGAAUAUAUACCCGGUUCAUUGGAGGAAUGGUUAAAACUGUUGAGAUUAGAGGAAUAUCAAAGUGCUUUUUUAGAUCAAGGCUAUCAGACAGUGGAUGCCGUCGCGCAACUGACCUGGGAGGACUUGGAAGAGUUUGGCAUCGUUAAACUCGGUCAUCAGAAAAAGAUCAUGCUGGCCAUCAAACGGUUUAAAGAUUUACGUGCUGGCAAGCGUAUAAGUACGGCAGACAUGAACCGGUCCUAUACACAACAAGACGUGGUGGUGCACGCACCCUUGGGCCCGCCAUCGCCUGGUGUCCCAGCAGUCCACAGCACCUUCCGUUCUUUCCAUCAGACCUGGGAAUUGGAUCAGACAAGGCAACUUGCAGGCGUCGGCACACACUACAUGCAAUCCGGAUAUUGCACUGACAUUGUUCCCAUCAAGAUACGCACGGGGCGCGGUAAAUCGUUGGAGUCAUUGGAAGAUCCAAACGAACGAACUCACCAUACAUUCAAUCCGGACAACACUCAAACACAGCAAUAUUACUAUCAGCAGGCGAUGCCUUGGAGACGGUCAUAUGAUGAUGGAGACAUUACGCCUACGAACGAAACAGGACUUAUGUAUGAAGGAGGCGGCACACUGCCGCGACCUCGUGGGGUCAUACGGCCCCGUCCUGUGGCGAAAAUACAAGGGCAAACAAAGCGAGAUCCGUCUUUUCCCGAUUAUGAAAAGCCACAAUUCAAUUCAGAGAAAUACGCUCCACAGUACAAGACAAUUUCUAGAGAUAUUAUAGAUGCCAACAAAUAUCCGUAUAGUCCUAUGAUGGGCAAGAAGAUGCCACCGAAUCCACCCAAGCGAUUAGAUUCGUGCUCGGAGAGUAAUGAAAAUACUACAACUGUGGAGAUUCAUCACGUACAGACGUCGAGCCCGUUGCCUCUGCCAGCUUAUCCGAGUUCAGAUAGUUUAAGUAUAUCUUUAGAUAGUCAGGGCGAUCUUCCUUUGCCCCCGCCGCCGGCUCCUGGCACGCCUCCGGGCGCUCAGUUACAUAUGAAUUCGUCUCGUUCGUGGGGAGCUGAAGAACAGGAGUUGAUCAAAACGUUAGCGCUACAGCACAGAAAUGGAUCGGAUGCUAGUUUUAAAUCGAGUUCAAGCACCGAAUCGGAUUCACUGCCAUUCGCAAACGAAAACGCCGGUACGAUAAGAACGCGCGCAGGCAGUCGCGGCGUUGAAUAUUCACCGGCGAAGCCACGAUCAUCGUCCGGUCUGCCGCCUCAUCCGUCCCCGACACCAUCACGUCAGUCAUCGGCGACGGCAACACCCAGAGCUCAAAGAACCGAACCUGCUGAUGUGCUAAACGACAUCGGUAAUAUGCUCGCAAAUUUAACCGAUGAGUUGGACGCCAUGUUAGAAGAAGAGAAGCGGUUAGAACAACAACAAUGUUGUGAAUAACUGCAGUACUCCAGGAAUAAUCAGAAGAAGCACACACGCAAGGUGAAACAAAAUAUAUACAGAUCAAGACUGAUAGCGAGCGUCUUUUUAUUUGAAAAUCAAAGAAAGAAUUUUUGCGGUCACUUUAAUAAUUUUAAUUAUUGAUUAAUUAUUUUAUACAUAUAAAUAUUGUAUAUAGCGUACAUUACAUUUAGUUUCAAUGAUUUGAAUUGUAAAGCAUGUACUAUUGUUUAAAAGACUAAUUAUUAGAGUUUCAUUAGUAAAAGAUAUUAAUAUAUUCUAUUUGGAUCUCCCAUAAUGCAAGAAAUAUUAGGCGGAAUUUGUGAUACACGAAUAUUUUAUUGGUUAUUUUAGAAAUUUUAAAAAGCUUCACAUUUUAAAGUUAGAGACAGGGUUCAUGUAUGUUUAGGCCAGACUUAUGAUUUGAGAUGAUUGUAAAGAUAAAAUUUCAACUUUGUUUUGAAACACAAUAAUAUGUAUAUAGAGAGAAGGGUAAACUUAGAGACAACUAAACUAAAAUUUAAAUAUUAUCAGUAGGGAUUGAGGAAUUUAUUAUGAUUAUAAAAUUAUAUUUAAAAUGAAAUACGAUAAUUUUGUAGCUUUCUAUUAUGACAUAAUAGAUUCGAUUUUUGGUACGUUUUUGGUACACUUGAUACGAAAAACAAAACGAUAACCUACUUAACAAAUAAAUAAGUAAUAAUAAUUCAUAUUAUUUCACUUGUAUUAGCGCUGGGUACAACUAGGUGGGAUGAUGUAUGAUUCGAGGACGAACAAACCAAUUUUUGUACAAAUCAGUAACAAUGUUUAGAUGAAAAAUGAGAAAUGAACUAAAAUAUUUGAGGAAGCCAAGUUUAGUAUACGGUUUAUGUGUAAAAUAGAAGCAUUUAACUAUUUAGCAGAACAAGAUGAUACAUACUUAAAUUUCAACAUUACUUUUAGCUACUUAGCAAUUCAUACGCAAGAUUAUCUAAAAAAUAUAUUCGUUUUAAAAUUGAUAUUUGGUGUGCAUACAGUUAAUUAUUAUAACUGCAUUAACUGCAAACUUGUACAUUGUCACAACUAUUGUGAGAAUUAAGAAUUGCUAUUGCAGAAGCCAUUUUCAAGUCAAUUCUUGAUACAAGCUGACAAUUUACAAAUUUAUAUUUUUUGCUAGAAUGUGCCUUUAUUCAGCAUUCCACAUCAAGUGGUUUGGUGUGCUGAAUUGAUUGGUACAUUGCUGUCAUUGAUGUUAUUAAAUCAACUAAGCAAAAGACUGGUAGUAAUUUCACUUCUCAUUAAUUUCAUAAGAUUGAAAUUUGAUAUUGUUUGUAAUCUAGAAUGUUAAGUAUAAAGCAAAACAAAGCAAUUUACAAGUUAGUUACGAUUAUUUUUUUUGUUGUAAACACAGCAAAUGAAACAAUGCUUGUUUUGGUUGGUGCCAUAAUAUUACAAGUACCAUUGUUGUUUUCAGAUAAGUGUGUAAUUAAUGCAACGUUGAUCACUAGAAAGUUUUGUACUUCACACUUUACAACAACUAUUAAACUAGCCAAUUUAUACGAAGCAGAAUAAUUAAAUCAACAUAAGAACUAAAUGGUAAAGAGAGUACUACAAAUACAGAAUAGUACUUAAAUUAAACAAAUGAAACAUGCCAAUGUUGCUACUUUUUAAAUGUUUUGUGCUCCAUGAUUUUGUGACUCGAUUUACUGCUUUGAUGCAUAUUACAUUUAUUUUUGAGUAACAAAUGUAUAAAAAUUUGAUUUGACAUGUUGCAUGUGACUUAUCUUCUGGAUUUGUGUUAUAUUUGUAAAUAGAGUGAAGCCUAAAUAUUUUUUUUAACUACAUUUUUGUGCUUAUAUUUUAUGUAAUUGAUAUUUUACUAGCUUAUGAUUGAGUAAAUUGAAAAUCAAAUCAUAAUAUACAUGCAUUUAUAUAAGAUUAGCUGUUAAAUACCAUAUGGUGCGUCCAAUUUUACAAAUUUUAAAUUGAUAUCUUGUUCAUUGAUUGAUUUAUAAUUAUUAUGUUAAACUACUUAUUAAUAUUAUGUUAUACAAGAUGAAAUGAGAAAUCAUUAAACUAGAAUAUGUAAAAAUAUCAAAA